CGCGAACGCGAGAGCGGUUGAGAGAAACAAAAACCACGGUCUAGCUGAGCCCACUGUACCGCCUCUGCCUGCACCAACCAAGAAAGCAAAGCCAAGCCCAAUCAAGAAGACGAGGAGGAAGAAUGGGGGAGGCGCCGUGCAGCGUGGUGGCGCCGCGCCGCUCCCCGGCGCGCUUCCGCCUGCCGCGCCACGGGCUGCGCCGCAAGGUCCACGUCGUCCGGCUCGGGAACGGCGGCGCGCGGGCUGGCGGCGCCCGCGGGCUCUGCGGCCUCCGGCGUCGGAUCAAGCUCCGGUGGUUCCGCAGCGCCAUGUGGCGCCUGGCGGAGCUCUGCGUGACGGUGCUGUCGGGCCCUCCGGGGACGCCCGACGCACCGCCGCCGUGGACGGGAGUGGAGCCGUGCUUCGCCGCGCCAUUCCUGCCGGCCGCGCUGGUGAGGCGCGCGGGGCAGGACUAGCUUAGCUUUGCUGCUGUUAAUUAACGGUUGCUACCCUGCGAUCAUGAAGACGACGGCACUAAUGUAUAUACGCUACUCGCUACUGCUCAAUGGAGAAGUAGAUUCCCUCAAAAAAAAUUGGAGAAGUAGAUUGAUAUGUAACGAAUAUUUUUUUUAACCGCAACUCAAGCGAUUUGUUGGUGUCUGAAA